AUGAGCGAGCUCCAUGCGCAUUUUAUCCUACGACAGCAGCAGGCCUUCCAGCGUCUGCUCGAUGGCAACAAUGCCCGCGCACAAGCCGCCGCUCCCAGCACCAGUGGCGGAAAGUCCUGGAACCGCCCCAGUCCGCUCAAGGCAGCCGCACUACCCAAGAUUGAUGUGAACGCCCGUGACUGGCUGGGGCGCACUGUCCUACACCUCGCAGCGGCCUCUCAGGACGCAUCCGCGACCGAGUACGUACGAAUGCUCCUCGCCCAUCCAGACAUCAACGUCAACGUCACCGACAAGGAGAGCAAGUGGACCGCCCUUCAUCGCGCCCUCUAUCGCGGGAACCUUGCUUCUGCUAUCUUGCUUCUGCAGCGCCCCGAGAUCGAUACGUCUCUGCGCGACUCGGAGGGUUACACUGCGUUCGAUCUGUACAAUUCCACCGUGGAGAAUACCAAGCCGGAAUCGCGCGAUGCAAGCCGUGCAGACCUGUUCACCUGGGGCGCGAACAGGAAUGCAGCGCUCGGCCUUGGGCAUGGGGACGACAGGCUUCAUCCUGAACAGGUGGUUGUGCACCCGCCUAAGGGUACGCCCGUGUCGGAGGAAGAGAACCUCGAUGCGCGGUUCUCGCCGAUCCAUGUGAAGGACGUGGUGAUGUCCAAGCUCCAUACAGCGGUUGUGACGGCCGAGAGCAGGGGCAACCUGCGCGUGUGCGGGUUCGGCAGCGGUGGCCGCUUGGGCCAAGGCCAGAACACGCAAUAUAACCUCAUCCCGCUCUCGCAGCUCAACAGCACCAUCACUGCCGUCGCGCUCGGGCAGGACCACACGCUCGCCGUCACCAAAGCAGGCGAGGUGCUCAGCUGGGGCUUGAACCGCUUCGCCCAGCUCGGUUACGUUGUCGAGCCACCCGCCGGCGUCGCGGGCCGCGCGGAGGAGCCGAUCCAGGCUACGGCGCGGAAGGUAGGCGGGCCGCUGAAGAACAGGGUCGUCGUGGGCGUCGCAGCAUGCAAGACAGCCAGCGCUUGCUGGACGCGGGAGGAGCUUUUUACUUGGGGGACGAAUAGUGGGCAGUUGGGCUAUGAUCGGUCGGCUCAUCCUGUGCAGGUGUUGCCGCGGAUCGUGACCAAGGUGUUAUACUCCAUUCGUUCAGUUUCUAUCACUGAUGCGGCCAUGGCCUGUCUACUCGUGACGAACGACGUCGUUCUUGUGUGGAAUGACGAAUCCAGGAAGAUAAACUUCCCGGGCCAUGCCUUCCCAUCUGAAAUCGCGGUGUACAGACCGCCUCAGGCAAUGAGCAACAACCGCAUCGAGAAGAUUACAAGCUCUGAGAACUUGUUCGCCGCGCUUUCGUCCAACGGAGAGGUUUUCACUUUUACCGUUCCUCCACCUCCUGCACCUGCUGCAGAUGGUACGCCGAGCAAGCAGCGCCCUUCCAUUUCCCCCAAACGCGUCUGGGCCCUUCGCAAGAAUUUCAGCGCUGUCAAAUACUCGUCGUUUAUCAUCUCACGUCAGGACGUUGCGCUCGGCGCGGACGGCUCGAUAAUCAUCUGUACAGAAUCCGGGCAUGCCUUUGUGCGCUCGCGCAAUGGCAACGCGGGGCAGGGCGGCAUGGGCAAGGCGUCCAAAUUCCAGCAGGUGCCGUACAUGCAGCGCGUCGUGCGCGUGUGCGCGAACACGACGGGGGCAUAUGGCGCGCUGCGUGUUGAUUAUGAGCCGCAGCCGAUUCGCAUUGUUGGGAAUGUGCUUGCACAAGACCUCGCGGAGAUGCAACCGUGGAUGCGUGCGGAAGGGUUGGGAGAGGGAGAAGAGAGUAUUGCUACGGUAGGCGAAGGUGUGGAGAGGGAGGAGAGGGAGGAGAUGCGGGCGGUGGAGGUGGGUGGUAAGGAUGACUGGGAUAACGAGACAUUGAUGGGUGAGGACUUGCGAGAGAAGAAGAUUCAGGUGGUCGAGACGUUGCAGGCGGUCGAGAUUCAGCGGGAAAAGGAGAUUCAGGCAGUCAAGUUGCCGCGGGAGAAGAAGAUUCGGGCGGUCGAAGCGUUGCAGGCGGUCGAGAUGGUGCGGGAGAAGAAGAUUCAGGCAGUGGAAGUGUUUCAGGCGGUCGAGAUGCCGCGGGAGGAAGAGUCAGAUGAGGAGGACGAGGACGAGGCGGUCCGGAAAGACGUCAACCAGAUGAAGCUGCUGUGCGCACUGCUCGAGCGCAUGAACGCUGGCGCGACGCCGUGGGACGAUGCGCACCUCCUGCACGGCGCGGACCUCAUCGUGCACGUCCCACCCAAGUGGACGAUUCCCGUGCACCGCGUGAUGCUCGCCGCGCGCUCUGCCGUGUUUGCAAGCAUCCUACGCGGAGGUCCACCGGUCGAGGAGCACGAACGCGGAAUGCUCAUAGAGAUGCUUCCGGCAAACGUUGACCUCAGUCGUUCAACGCUCAAGCUUAUAGGGUGUAAUCCGAUGGCCGUGCUGCUGCUACUGACUUAUUUAUACUCCGAUGACUUGCCCGCGCUAUGGGAUCACCGUGUGCGCGGCGCGGUCGAGCGGGAGUUGGCAGAGCUAGGGAUUGAGCAUGCGCAAGUGAAAGCGGAUAUACAGCACCUCGCGCGGACGCUGAGCCUCCCGCUGCUUGAAGAAGUGCUGGAGGCCCCUGUGAAGCGCAUGCCGAGACAGUCAUUGUCGGAGGACAUGCGGCGGCUUUUUGAGGCGAGCAAUGGCGCUCUUGCUUCGGCAAAGGCCUCUGGGGAGGUCCCGCUUACCCCAGAUGUGGUGCUGAGAUUGGCGGAUAGGGAUGUGCGUGUUUAUUCGGUUUUGCUGCGUGCGAGGUCGUCAUUCUUUGCGGCAUUCUUUGACGAUGAGGAUUGGACGACGAAGCGGUGGAAUGAAGAUGGUGUGAUUGAGGUCGAGUUUGGACAUUUGAGAUGGAGGGAGAUGGAGUAUGUGAUGCAGUUUUUGUGUUGUGGAGGAGACCAAGAGAUGUUUGAGAGCAUUGAUGAUGUGCACUCCGUGGAUGAGCUGUUGGACUUGAUGUUGGACAUCAUAGCAGCUGCGAACGAGUUGCACCUCCAUCGCCUUAUACUCUUAUGUUCGCAAGUCAUCCUGAAGCGUGUGAACGUCAACAACGUCUGCUCCCUCUUCGCGGAUGCUUCGCACUACCACGCUAUGUCCCUGGUUCACGCCUUACAACAGUAUGCAGCUGUCAGCAUGGAGACGCUCUUGGAGAGCCAUAUGCUCGACGAGCUAUCCGGUCACCUUAUCAAGCAGCUGUCUGCCUUCGUGCGCGAGCAGCAGGCAUGCAAGCAUCCUGUGUCUCGUUCGAACCUUUUGGUUCAUAGCGCCAUGGAGGCACACCGCGAUUGGAUCGAGAAGCAGGAUGUUCCCUCCACUAUUGUCCCUGCGAAUAGGUUCGGAGCGUUCAGGGACUCGCCGAAGUUAUCUCCACCGGGAUCUGACAAGAUGCAUCAUCGGCAGUCUGAUCUCGCGCCUCCGAAUAGUCCUGCUCUGCACCCUCAGGUUCCACCAAAGGCAGCAGAGAACAUUCCCGCUGACGACGAGGUCUUCUUGAUGGAUGAUCCAGGGACGUCACCCACACCCUUUCGAACUGAAGUAGGCGAUAGCCCCAACAAGUCCUUCGGUGGAUGGAGGACGAUGUCAUCUGCUCCCCGCGUUGACAUGCGGGUCAUCAUGGCCGAGGCUCAAUCCGCCGCGCCGACUGGCAAGCUCACACCAUCUGGCUCCAUGUCUCGUGUUUCGAGCUCGGGCGCCGGCUUUCUGCCGCGCGGAACACCUCCACGGGCGAGCAUGGUGGUGCCUACCACGCCAAGAUCGUCAUCGAGCUCGCCGUGGAGGGUGCCGCAACAAACUACGACACCGACGAAGCCACUGGCAGGUCUGUCGCCGCCUAACACCGGUAAAUCCGAGAAAGCAGCCAGUCGAGCGCCUGGAUUCGUGCCUGGAAAUUGCCCUACACAACCUCAGACACCAACAAAGACUGCGGGCACCUUGGGGUUGGGCCCGGUGAUCAUGCCGGCCAAGCUGGUCGCUCCAUCCUCGUCCACGGGCUCGUCCUCUAUGAUUCGCCGUGCCAAAAGUGAGAGUGUAUGGACGCCACCGCCCGUCCAGCCUAUUGUGCAUGCCUCGUCAUCCAGCGCUGCUAUGUCGUUUAUCGCUAUCCAGCAGCUACAGCGGGAACAGGGCGUUGGAGUGACCAAGGAUAAGCAAUCCCUGUUGAAGAUCCAAGAAGAGGAACGCGCGCGGCAGGUGGAGGACGACUUUCUGAAAUGGUGGGCCGCCGAGGAAGCUAGGCUGCAAGCUGAAGAGCAGGCAGCGCAAGUGCGGGCUGUGGAGCAAGUGAAGGCACGUCCGCAGAAGACAAAGAAGCCUAAGACCACGAAGGGCCAGCAAACAUACAGCCCUUCGAAGAACAACUAUGAGACAUCGCAGGCUAAUGAGAGCUCUUCAAGUCGGCGCGACGGGAACCCUCAGGAACAGAGCGUGUUGCAGACAAGCGGUAAGAAGAAAGCGAAACCUAGACCUGCUAAGGACAAGGAGCUGAAGACGACUGGAAAAUCAUAA